AUGUCCAACAAAGAUAAGAGAGAGUUUGAAUUUAUAGAACAGCCAGGCUCCCCAAGUAAACGUCCUCAAGGUUCUCGUCCAAGUUCUCGUUCAAUAAAGAUGUGGGUCCUGUUUGAGGGCGACGAAGAUGCCGAGAAGUUUGUUUUUAAAGAAGAUGAUUUUGCAAAUAUGGAUGAGUUUUCAAAAGCGGAUUUGGAUGACUUUAAGAAAGUUCUUCGCGAGCAUUAUCCUUUUCUCAAUAGUAUUGAAAAUAAACUGAUUGCGCUUUUUGAUGAAAGUCUCGAACGUCUUGAUCCAAGAACCAACCUUAGUUCCCUAGAUGUUGGCAAAGAUUCAGACACAACAAUAAUUGUUCGCUACCCGAUCUCGGCUGUAAACAUUCCUUCAAAUGCAGUUAAGGUGACAUUCGUAUAUGGACAAAAGCAAGGUAAACGUGAAAUACCACAUACCAGUGGCGCUUUUGAUCAUUUGAAAGCCCUUGCUAGAGAAAUAUUUAAGGAUUUAGAGGAAGGAACUAUUUAUUUUGUAAAUGAUGGAACGGAGAUCUGGAACGCGUACAACUUUAACACCGUAGUAAAGUCUCAAACAGCACAAGACAACAACGUUAUGCUUAAAUUAAAAGUUUUUAUCGAGGGCAAAAAGAAAUAUAGUGACUGGAAGCUUAAAGACGUGUUUAGGGACAUACUAAAAAAACCGACAUACAAUUCACUUUCCGAUAUGCCGGUACUUGACAUGACAGAGCUUCCCCCAUUAGAUCCACCAUUUAAUCAGGAUCAAUUGACAAAAUUCGUUGGCGAAAUUAAAGUUAAGCUUAGUUCACUUCGGGAUGAAUUCGGAAAUGAAACGAAGAAUCGUAUAUACAUUGACACAUUCAUGACGCAUGCAGUUGAUUAUAUACGAACCCAUAUAAAUAAGUCGGUAAGAUUAGACGUGGAGCAAGGACUAGACGGGAGUCACGGGAAUGGACCUUUAGAUUACUGGGUAAAGUUAGUUGAAGUUUUGUUGUUUUUAUGCGAAGCUAAAGCUGAAGACAUGAACCAAGGAUCUGCUCAAGCUAUUGUGCAGGCACAGAGUGGAAUUGAACAAUUAAAUAAACUAGGAUAUGAGGAAUUAUUGAUCUAUGGAAUAGCCUCCACUGGAAAGCUAUGGCGAUUUAUCCGUUGGAGUGGAUCAUCAGAAAAUCCGGAAGUUCAUAUUAGCAAAGAAUAUACAUGCAAUUUCAAAGGUGAAUUGGCGGACGAAAAAGAAAUAUUAACAUAUAUUGCUCAGAUAUUAACAGCGCAAGUUUAUCUUUAUGAUAAAAACAGUGAACAUCCUUCAAAGCGAGUUAAAGUAAAUGAAAAAUGA